AUUUCCUAUCUGGCCGAUGCACGAACGAGAAAGCAGGCCCAGCUCUGCGCCAGAGUUCUGUUGAUCGUAGGCCAUUUCCGCCAUGUAUAAACCCUCCACGUUCCCGUGGGGUGUUGAGCGAGCUAUCUUUCUCCUUCCCGUCUCAUACUCAUCCCUUCUGACAAUUUCAUUCCCAUCAAUUCUUUCGUAAUGGCUCCCUCAGCGCUCGCGGAUAUCUACCCAAUCCCAGCAAGGCACUACUCCAAAGCUCCUUCCAUUCAAGCUUCCGUCUUGCAUGGGCCAAGGGAUUUGCGGCUCGAAACGCGGACCAUAUCCGAUCCUGGACCUAAUGAACUCCAGAUCGCUAUCAAAGCUACUGGAAUCUGUGGUAGCGAUUGUUCCUACUAUAGCAAGUUCCGCAACGGAGAUCUACAGGCUUGCCAGCCACUGUCUCUAGGCCAUGAGUCUUCCGGAGUUGUGGUAGCGAUCGGAGAUGCAGUCGCUGGCUUUCAGAUUGGCGAUCGGGUGGCGUUGGAAGUAGGCGUUCCGUGUGACAACUGUCGCUCAUGUCAAAAAGGCCGAUACAACCUAUGCCCUAGCAUGAGGUUUCGAAGUAGUGCCAAGUCUGUGCCUCACUUCCAGGGGACACUACAGGAGCGCAUCAAUCACCCCGCAAAAUGGUGCUACAAAGUCCCCUCGCAUGUCUCGCUUGAGGCAGCAGCCCUGCUAGAACCACUGUCCGUUGCUAUCCAUGCAACCCGCAGAGCGACAGUGGAGCAGGGCGAUACCGCUAUUGUCUUUGGAGCGGGCACUGUGGGUCUGCUAGUUGCGGCCAUGGCGAAAUUGUCUGGUGCAACAACUGUUGUGAUUGCCGAUAUUGACAGUGGCCGUGUGAAUUAUGCCCUCUCCAACGGGUUUGCGCACAAGGGUUACAUCGUUUCUCCCAGGAGACAUCUCAAUGAGACGGCCGAGAAAUUUGAUGCAGCAAAAGACAUUGCGGGAGAUAUUACGCAGAUUGCCUCUCUCAAUGAUCCGGAUUUCGAGGGUGCCGAUAUCACGUUCGACUGUACUGGCAAGGAGAUAUGCAUGCAAGCUGGUCUCUACGCAACAAGACCAGGCGGAAAGCUUGUGAUGGUUGGUAUGGGAACACCGAUACAGACUCUUCCUAUGUCUGCCUCUCAUCUCAAGGAGGUCGAUAUCAUUGGCAUCUUCCGUUAUGCAAACACAUACCCGGUUGGCAUGAAGAUUCUUUCUUCCGGUGCCCUUCCAAGCCUUGACAACAUGGUCACACAUAGGUUCAAAGGCCUCGCUUCAGCAAAAGACGCCUUUGAGACUGCUGGUAAAACGGUCGACAAAGAUGGCAAGCUCGUGUUGAAAGUCCUUAUCGAAACGUAGACACGUGCGUCUCCUUUCGGCUUGACACAUGAAAAUACCUUACGUGUCAUUGGUUGAGGACACUAUAAUUCAUGAUUGGUUCUUUAAUGAUGAGAUAGACAAGAUUUAGACGUAUCGGUUGAGCAAGUCGAAUUGACGGUUUGG